UCUAAGAUCCGGUUGCAUCCAACGACCAAUGGCAGACCAAGUGGCAUCCCCUCAAUAAAAUCUGACGGUUAACAUGCCCUCGCCAGUCCUAUGGGCUGUCCACAAUCCAUGAUCAUAAACCAUAGCACAUUCAAAACGAUAAACUAGUGGGAAGCAGAUGAGCCAACGUCGUGGGGUUGGUGGAGCUGCACCAGAACCACCAGGUCUCAUGAUAACGGGCGGCGGGGGAGGAGAUGGCUCAUUGGCCAUGGCGAGGAGAUAUGCCCACAUCAUCUAUUUCUUUUCUUUUACAAGCACCAGUCUCUUACUCCAGGGAACCGUUGCAUACAAUCUCAAGAAUGGUAAAAGCAGCGCAACGUUGAGCACAGAAUUGAAGGCCCAGGCCCCAAUCCCAUUGCACCCACCUUUGAAGAAAUGCAAAAAAAUCACCCCAACAAGGCAACCCAGAUUGAGAAAACUCGAGCCAGAGGAAGGACAUGAAGAUGAGAGCAGAGUCGUUGAAGAGUUGGAAAAAAGAGAGUCUCCGACGUUGCAGAAUGGCGAAGAAUGUACCGAAUGCUUGAAGGAACUGAGAGAGAUAGAAGACAUAGGACCAGAAGAAGACGCGUCCAGAAGAGCGUGUUCCGAGUGGGAAACAAAGGAGCCAUUGGAGUGGGGUUUUAGAGCGCCCCCAGAACCACCUGGUGUGGCGGAUCUCGGCGGCUGCAGAGGAGAGAGUUCCUGCAAAGAUGGUGGCGGAGAUGAGUGCCAUGAUGAGGCUGUGGAGGGUCGGGAUGGGGCCCAGUGGGAUGGGGCGGCGGCGGCGGAAGAGGAGGAGGAGGUAGUAGAGGGUGGUGGAGGUGGCUAUGUAGGUGGAGAUGGAGAUGAAGAGGAAUAA